AAUCGGCGGAAUUAUUUAUAGGUUUAGGAUACCCAGAUAGCGACGCGUACCGUCGAAUUAAAGGAAUGCUCAAACGGUCCCUGCGACGUUUUCGCUCGAUAGAUGCUACUCCUCAAUGAUUCUCUUCCUUUACGUUUCGCACAAGGAAAUUCUCAGUGUUCGUUCAGGUCUCGGGUGGCGAAGACAUGCGAGGUGUCUCAUUUUAAUCUGCUAUUGCGAAUAUUUGGGACAGUUCGAUAGAUGGAAGAUACAUUAAAUUAAUUAUACCUGUAAUAUGAUUAAUUGCUGUUUCGCAGGAAAAUAUAACCACGUGUCAAUUAAGGAAACAUGAGGAAACCGUUACUUGCUGCUGAUAACCUAUCAGAGGGUAUUGUUAAGGAAUAAAGUUUACCUCGUUUUAGAUUUCAUUCGAUCAUUAGGCAUUCGUAUAUUCAAUGACUGAAAGAUUAAAAUGUGACACCCUGAAAACGAAAUAACAUUAUAAUAAACCUACUUGUACUGAAAGAAGUAGAGAUUGCUUCCUCGCAAACGUGUCAGUACUCUUGUUACCACUCGUUCGCUGACAGUCUUCUGAAAUAUCAUCGAUUACAUUAAUUAAAUCAUGUCACCAUUAGUGCAACGUUACUGAAACGUUUCUUUUUGCAUACCUUAGAUGUAAAGAUCAAUUAUUCGGACUACGAACGUGCGAAUUCUUAUUGCAAAGAAAAAAAAACCACCACGCAAACGAAACAUCACUCGACAAGCGCGAAUUUUGAACUAACCGAAGUUUCGAGUUGAAGCAUCUUAUCUCGAAAUGUCACGUGUAUGCGCGCGCACGUUCAAGUGAUCAUCGUUCAACUCUAGAUUGCUCCUAACCUUGUAGACUUUGACACACCCUAUAAAUUUACAAAUUUCAAAGCAAUCGCAAAGUGUAAUACGAGUAUAAGUGUAACUAAUAAUUUCUAAUAAUCAUUAUUUUCUCCCUCGAAGGAAACUUCAUAAUAAAAUUGAUGCGCGGAAUUAGUAUACGUGUACCGUUUUACACUGUUUGAUAUCUACAAGAAUAUUAGGGUCUGAAAUGUUCAUAACUGUAAAGUAAAUAAAUGAUAAGCAUGCGAUUUGUUAUCGGUUUUACUAGUGUCAAACAUUGCAGGACAUUGUUCGCAAGGCAGUUUAGCAUUAUGGCAAACCCAUUAAUUGCCGUGUGUCAAAUGACAUCAACUAAUAAUAAAGAAACUAAUUUACAAACUGUUCGUGAACUAGCUGAAAAAGCUAAGUCCAGAUCAGCUUGUAUGGCAUUUUUUCCUGAAGCAUGUGAUUAUUUAGCAGAUAAUAAAAAAGACACCAUAGCAAUGGCACAGCCAUUAAAUGGAUCAACUGUAGCUUCUUACAAAGAGAUUGCAAAGAAUAAUAAAAUUUGGCUCUCAUUAGGUGGAAUUCAUGAAGCAUUAUCCAAUAAUGAGCAAAAAAUAUGUAACACACAUAUUGUAAUAAAUAGUGAUGGUGAUAUUGUUAGUACUUAUCGAAAAGCUCAUUUAUUUGAUAUGGAAAAUAAAAAUACCGGUGUUAGAUUGAUGGAAUCAGAUUAUGUUGUAGCAGGUGAUAAAAUUGAACCACCUAUAUCAACACCAAUUGGUAAAUUAGCACUUAGUAUUUGUUAUGAUAUGCGUUUUCCUGAAUUGGCCCUUGUACUGAGAAACAUGGGAGCAGAAAUCCUAACAUAUCCAUCAGCAUUUACAUAUCAAACAGGUGCUGCACAUUGGGAAAUAAUAUUACGUGCUCGAGCAAUAGAAACACAAUGUUAUGUUGUAGCUGCAGCUCAAAGUGGGACGCAUAACAAAAAGAGAGUGAGCUGGGGUCAUGCCAUGAUUAUAGAUCCCUGGGGAACAAUUGUGGCCCAAUGUAGCGAUAAGGCUGAUGUUGCAAUAGCAGAAAUAGAUCUAGGUCUUAUUCAACAAAUUCGAGAAAACAUGCCAUGCGAAAAUCAUCGUAGAACAGAUUUAUAUCCAAAAAUGGAAUGCUCAAAACAUUAACUUUAAACUCUGUGAAUAGUUGGAAUUUUUAUUUCAAGAUUUUAAGAGUAGAAUACAAUACAAAUAGUCUUUUUUUAUUCUUUUAAUCUUUUUAUACGAGCGCCCGCUCGUACCCAAUUGAUGAUGUAAAAAGUAAUUAACAAUUACAGUAAUAGCUUUGUAAUAUACAACAUGUAUUAAAGGAUUUAAAAUGUAGCCUUGUUACAUUUUUGUAACAUAUAUGUAUAAAACAAACAUUUAUUAUGAUACAUCUUAUUGUACAUACUAUAUAAUGAUCCAUGAAUAUUAAAUAUGAAUACCUUUGUACCUUGAAAGUGAAGAAUAAAGUGAAAAUAAAGUGCUAAGUUAUUCAGAUAAAUAACUUUUGUACAUAGUCAAUGGAGAACAUAAGAAGUGGCGAAAAUAUAAUUAAAAUAUUCUAGUGAGAUGUGAAACAGUACUUUAGAGGAAACUAUAAUAUAUUAUUGAUUGUGCUAAUUCAAAUUAUUAAUUUAUUUGAUAAUUAUUUAAAAGUUCAAGUAUUUCUCCAAAAUGGCACAUGAAAUGUAUUUCUUUUAUUUGCUACCUGUAAAACAUGUAAUGGAAACAUUAAAAAAACAUUAUAACAUAGAGAUAACAUAUCAUGAA